AUGCAGUAUGUAGAAUUAUUAAUUAUGUUUGUUAGUGUUCUUUUAGCUGUUGCUUUUUUAACAGUAGCUGAAAGAAAGACAAUGGGUUAUAUGCAAAGACGUGUCGGACCUAAUGCUGUAGGUUAUUUAGGAGUUUUAAUGGCUAUUGCUGAUGCUGCUAAAUUAUUACUUAAAGAAAUAAUUACACCUACUCAUGCAGAUAAAUUCAUAUUAUUCCUUAGUCCUAUGAUUGCAUUAGUAUCUUCACUUCUUUGUUGAUCUAUAAUUCCUUUUGCACCAGGUGUUACUAUAUAUGAUAGUAAUUAUGGAUUUAUUUUAAUGUUAGCUAUUAGUAGUGUUGGAAGUUUUGGACCUUUACUUGCUGGAUGAUCCGGUAAUAGUAAAUAUUCUUUACUAGGUAGUAUUCGUGCUACUGCACAAUUAAUUAGUUAUGAAUUAAUUUUAACUACUAUUGUUUUAAUAUGUAUUUUAUUAGCUGGUACAAUGAAUUUAAGUAAAUAUGUAGAAUUACAAGAAUCAAUUUGAAUAGGUAUACCAUUACUUCCUUUAUCUAUAAUGUGAUAUAUAGGUUGUGUUGCUGAAACAGCUAGACCUCCAUUUGAUGAAGUAGAAGCUGAAUCUGAAUUAGUUUCAGGUCAUAUGACUGAAUAUUCAUCUUCUAUAUUUGUUCUUUUCUUCUUAUCUGAAUAUGCUUCAAUCUUAUUCUUAUCUACUUUAACUGCUAUCUUAUUCUUUGGUGGUGGUACUGGUAUUAUAUUAGCUUUAAAAGCUAAUGUAUUUGCUUAUUCUUAUAUUUGAGUAAGAGCUACUUUACCUCGGGUUAGAUAUGAUAGAUUAAUCCAUCUAUGUUGAAUGGUAUUCUUACCUGUAUUAUUCGGUGUAGCUAUAUUUAUACCUGUACUAAUUUAUUCAUUAGACGCAAUUAUAUUAUUAUAA